AUGCAUUCGCUAAUCAACAACCGGAUUAAUGUAUUUACGUUUCUGUUUUAUAUCUUGGUCCAAUAUAUUGCGAUCUAUCCGGGUCGCUCUAAGGAGAUAGUUUGUACGCGUGCUGAUGUGCGACACCCGUCAAGUUUAACAAGACUUUUCCGUUGCACUGUUAUAGAAGGUGAUUUGUUUGUUGUUUUCACGCGAAUUCCAAGGGACGCAAGUCUGCCGCUUCUGAGGGAAAUAACUGGAAGUCUGCUUGUGUAUGAUGUUGAAGGACCAGAUGACCUUUCCAAUUUAUUACCAAACCUUACUUUGAUCAGAGGACAAACUCUAGUGUUCGGCUAUGCCGUUGUCAUUAAAAGUACAUCACUCAAGAAUAUCGGUCUUUUUUCCCUCCGAGUGAUUCAGCAAGGUGGAAUACGUAUAGACAAUAAUCCACAACUGUGCUAUGUAAGGACUAUUGACUGGGAUGUAAUCCUUCAGGAUCAGAGUGCGGGCGUGUCUUCGGUCAAGAUCGUUAAAAAUGGAUUAAUGUGCCCAAAUACCUGUUCAUCUGGUUGUUCUGUGGCUUCACAAAGUACUGGACGACUUUCAGCAAUAGGAAUCUGGAGCCCCUUAUUAAGAGAUAUUUCUCCCACUGAUGGACAUUGUUGGUCUAUGAAUAAAUGUCAAUCAAUAUCUUGA